UGCAUGAGAACUCGAGAAUCUUGCACAAAUUCUGUCAUACCUACAAUAAUGGCCGCUGUGCGCAGACUAGGAGUCAUAUUUAGGAGUUUGUCGCUGUCGUCAGCUACACGGAAUGCGCUUUUUCGUUCUCCGGUCAAGGAUAACCGAUGCAUACGCCGAGGAAUAGCGGUUGCUGUGGGCGUUGCGGCCGGAGGAGCGGUGUUGUAUUAUUACUAUUCAGAAAUGUGCGGAUUCAGAGGGAGGAAAGCCCCGAUAAAUGGAAUAGGCUGUCGGGCUCUGCUGCCUUCACUACCCGCUGUAGCCGCCAAGGAGAAGGCUCCACUGUUUGAUUUUGAUGAAAGUGAGGUGUACAUGUCAUCUCAUGAGCAUCGUUUCCGUCUCUUCAGCUCAGUGGAGUAUGAGGGACAGCUGUACAUGACUCCACAGAACUUCAUCGAGUCGGUCACCAUGAGCGAACCCCGCAUAAGGAAACCUUGGAGGUCCCUCAACAAACAGGAGCUGGAAAAGAUCUUGUCUGACACUCCACCAGUGUGGAAAGGAACAUCUAAGCUGUUCCGGAACCUUCGGGAAAGAGGCAUCAUCGCUUACACGGAGUAUCUCUUUCUGCUCAGCAUUUUGACAAAGCCUCAUGCAGGCUUUAAGAUUGCUUUUAACAUGUUUGAUGCUGACGGUAACCAAAUGGUGGAUAAACGGGAAUUUCUUGUGUUGCAAGAAAUCUUUCGAAAGAAAAAUGAGAAAAAAGGAAGAAGGGGAGAUGUUGAAAAAUCUGCUCAACUGAGUAUGCAGCUCUAUGGAUAUCAGGUUGCACCCGUAAACAGCGUGCUAAAAAAAGAGAGUCAGGAGUUUGUGCCCAGGAGCUACUGGGACAUGCUGAGACGUGGCGCGAGUCAGGCCCUGUUUUCUGACCUGGCAGAGGAUUUUAAGCUAGAGCGUGCCGAUGAGAACAUGAUGAUUGACACCACUCUGCUUGUGCACUUCUUUGGCAAGAAGGGGAAGGCAGAGCUAACGUUUGACGACUUCUACAGAUUUAUGGAUAAUCUUCAAACUGAGAUGUUGGAGAUCGAGUUCCUGACUUAUUCCAAAGGCAUGACCACCAUCAGCGAGGAGGACUUUGCACGAAUCUUGCUGCGCUACACUAAUGUAGAAGAUAUCCGCAGCUAUCUGGAGAAUGUGCGGCAGUGCAUACCUGAUGAGAAGGGCAUCACCUUUGAAGAGUUCAGGUCUUUCUUCCAGUUCCUCAAUAACCUCGAAGACUUCGCCAUCGCCAUGCAGAUGUACAACUUUGCUUGUCGUUCCAUUGGACAAGAUGAGUUUGCUCGGGCAGUGUAUGUUGCAACAGGCCUUAAGCUGACCCGUCACCUUGUUAACACCAUCUUUAAGAUAUUUGAUGUGGAUCAUGAUGAUCAGCUCAGUUACAAAGAGUUCAUUGGUAUCAUGAAGGACCGGCUGCACCGUGGAGGCAGGGGCUAUAAGACCGUAGAGCGUUUUACUUCAUUUAAAUCGUGUCUGAAGAAGGAACUAGCAGGCAGCAGGUGAAUGACAAUCAGGAACGUGGCGUUUCUGUCUCAGAAUGAAAUGGAUUUGUCUGCUCUGGAAAUGUUUGAGAGAAGACAUUGUGCUAGAGAUUCCAUCAUAAAAUCUACCUCCUCCUCUUCUGAUUUUGAAUCCUUGGGAACUUGGACUGGGAUAGUGUCUCUGCAAUCAGUGCUCUGAACUGCAUGUUCUAGUAUCUGCACAGGCCUGCAUGAUCAAACUUUAUUCUGUAAUCAGCUAUUAAUCUAUUAAUAAUUUGCAUGUAACCUGUAGGAUGGCAUAUCUCUCUGCUAUGUAUCUGAAUUUCAGCUGGUACAAUUUUUGUAUGUUUUGAAGUUGUGUGUGGCUGUCAUGGCAAAGUAAAGAGAUCAUUUUCAUGUAUUUUGAAUAGAAAUGUUUUAAGCAAGAUGAGUUACUCAUUAUGGCCUUUUAUUCAUUAUAUUUGUACUAUAUUAUAUUGCAUCAUACCGUACAUUUCAUUAUGCCAAUUACAAACAAAGCUCUUUUUUUUUCAUUUCAGGAUUGUUUAAAUAUAGCUACCGAAUCAUACUGAGUGAAAACAGUUAUACUUUAUGGUAAUAGGCAACCAAAAUCAUAAAUUGGGUUUGAAAGAGAUUAUGGAGCUCAUGUAGCAUUAAGACCAAUAAUGAGCAUUGCCUUAAUCUAAAAUUAUUAAGUUAUUUUCUGACACAAUUUAUUUUUGAACAGGUAUGAGUGUACAAAGAUUGUACAAGAUUGACUUGUCGUCUGAGGCAAUUAACAAGAAGUCUAAGCACGCUUUUUAAGACUGUACAGUAAUGCAGGCACUUAACAAAUACAGACUUGUAAUUCCAUAUUAUGCAAGUCAAUAAAGUUGCUUCAAUAUGCUAA